CAGCUCUUCUUCAGAAUGGAGUCGUCUAGACUUUUGAGCAUCCUGGUCUAAUGCACCCUUCUAGUGAAUGUCCAGAGAUCUGGUCUGCAUGGCUGGAUCUUUCCCAAAAGAUGCCCCAGAAUCCAAGAGAAAUGUGAAUUCAAAGAAAGGGAUGAAUGUACGAAGGACAGACAAUGUCUGGACAGCAAGAAGAAGUGUUGCAUCUUUAGCUGUGGGAAAAAAUGUUUAGACCUCCACCAAGACUUUUGUGAUCUGCCCCAAGACCCUGGUCCCUGCAAGGCUACUUUUCCUCGCUGGUGGUAUGAUAAGGGAAGCAACACCUGCUCCGAGUUCAUCUAUGGUGGCUGCCAAGGAAACAGGAACAACUUCCAAACCAAAAUCGUGUGCCAGGUCAUAUGCACCCAAAUACGUUCAUAAUCCUCACUGCAUAAGGAUGUACUGGCUCGCGAUCCAAGGCUCUGUUCGUGUGCCUGACCGAUGUUUCACGUUGGUUUCCACUGUUCUCCUCCCACGUUCCAAGGCCCCAGCUCUUCUCCACAUGGAGCCCCAGGACCUGCAUUUGCCUUCCUCUAUCUCAGCCUCUUAAACAUGGUAUCAUUCUGUUUUGACCCAUCUCUUUGCUUCUUUCCUUUAUGUCUAAUGUCUAGAGCCCCCUGCAGGCUCCCAAUUUACCCCAAUAAAGUGCUUUGUGUUGCUCUGUG